UUUGGAUUUUGUUUCACACACGAACUUCCUCUCUGCAUUCCGUGAGUGUUCGGAUUGUCGAUCCAAAAAUGGCCCAAGAGGACGGGUCACCUGUUACUUCAUCAGCUAUGUACUUUCCUGGUUUAGGAUCUCCAUACCCUUGGCUUUCCCCCGGUAUAGGGUCUCCAUACCCUUGGCUGAGGGAGCUAAAGUCUGAAGAGAGAGGUUUAUGUCUGAUCCAACUUCUUCAAGGCUGUGCCCAUCAUGUUGCUUCUGGUAGUAUUGAUCAGGCAAAUGUUUGGCUCGAGCAGAUUUCUCAGCUUGCAUCUGCCGGUGGCGAUACAAUGCAACGAAUAGCGGCUUAUUUCACUGAGGCACUUGCAGACCGAAUGCUGAAAGGUUUGCCUGGUCUAUAUAAGGCCCUUAACUCAACAAAACUAUCAUCGAUCGCCGAAGAAAUUCACAUUAAAAGACUUUUCUUUGAGCUCUGUCCCUUCUUGAAGCUUUCAUAUGUGAUCUCAAAUCAAGCAAUAGUAGAAGCCAUGGAGGGGGAGAAGAUGGUCCAUAUUAUUGAUCUUCAUUCAUUUGAGCCUGCACAGUGGAUAAAUCUGAUUCAGACAUUAAAUGCGAGACCUGAAGGUCCACCUCAUUUGAGAAUUACAGGCAUUCAUGAACAGAAGGAGGUGUUAGACCAAAUGGCGGCCAGGUUGAUAGAAGAAGCUGAAAAAUAUGACAUCCCCUUUCAGUUCAAUCCUAUAGUGAGCAAGUUAGAGAAUCUUGAUGUUGAAAGUUUACGUGUCAAGACUGGAGAAGCUCUUGCAGUAUGCUCCGUACUCCAGCUGCAUUCACUCUUAGCAACCGAUGAUGACAUGAACAGAAGAAAAUCGCCGUUAGCAACAAAGAAUCUGCAAAAAGUCAUGCACAUCAACCAACUCACUUUAGGUGAAUGGCUGGAGAAAGAUCCAAUCAGUGCAUACAGUUUGAGUCCAGAUUCUUCUUUAUCCCCGCUAUCUUUAGGUGCUUCCCCAAAGAUGGGGAGCUUUUUAACUGCUCUUUGGGGCCUUUCCCCGAAAUUAAUGGUGAUAACUGAGCAGGAGUCGAACCACAAUGGUCAUACUCUAAUGGAUAGGAUCAUGGAAGCACUGCACUACUAUGCAGCACUUUUUGAUUGCUUGGAGUCUACAGUAUCAAGAGCAUCAAUGGAGCGGCAAAAGGUUGAGAAGAUGCUCUUUGGGGAGGAAAUCAAAAACAUCAUAUCAUGUGAAGGAACUGACAGAAAGGAGAGGCAUGAGAAGCUUGAGAGGUGGAUUUUAAGGCUAGAGUUGUCUGGGUUUGGGAGGGUGCAGUUGAGCUACCAUGGAAGGAUGCAGGCGAAGAAGAUGUUGCGAGAUUGUGGUUACGACGGCUAUGAGAUUAAAGAAGACAAUGGAUGUUUGGUUAUUUGCUGGCAUGACAGACCACUUUUUUCGGUGUCAGCCUGGAGAUUCCGGAGAUACGAGUGAAGGUUGAUGGUCUUUGUGGAGAUCGAAUGCUUUUUACUUUUAUUU